GCUCGACAACGUUUCGUUCACUGUGUCUGAAAGUGUUCAUAGCAAAGAUCUGAAACAGGAUCGCAAGGACGAUAAAUCCAUGGAUCGCUUUUCGGCAGCGUCCUCGCGACCUGCGCGAUAUCCGCGGGCGACUCCUCUGCUAGUGGCCGCAGGAUGGAUGGCUUUCAUUUCUUCGCUUUUCCUCUUGGUUGCGUACGCUGCUCCGUACUGGCUCGAAUCCUACGAGGAACCGCGAAGCGAGACAGCCUUUAGACGGCUAGGACUCUGGGAAGUGUGCUUCAGCAGAUACAUGCAUCCACCGUAUCAGUACGAUGAAGUGUUCGAUGGCUGUCACUGGAUUCACGGAUACUACUAUCAGAACAUCAGAGAUUGGCUCAUGCCAGGAUGGUUCAUGUUCACGCAGGCCAUGCUGACGCUGGGACUGAUAUUCCAACUACUAGCGCUGAUUGUCCUGAGUCUCCUGCUGAUGCGGUAUCUAUUACGCUACGAGAUUGUUGCGCUCACAGCAGCCUUCGUCCUGGAAGCUUUGACAGCUCUAUUAUUAUUCCUGGGAGUGUCCGUUUUCGGAGGCAUGGCGUUCAGCCGUCAGUGGAUUCUAUAUCCGAACUUCAACCACCUGGGAUGGGCAUACGCUUUCGCAGUGGUUGCGAUGUUCUUCCACGCUUUCACGGCGUGCGUCGUUCUCAAAGAAGCGUUCAACUCUAAGGAACGCCGACGUCGCGACAACAACCUCGUCUACAACAUGCAGCCUCGGGGAGAGCCCGUAAGGUACUAGAUGCUGAUAAGACGACGCGCACAUCAGGACCCGGCGUGGGAAACUAAGAGAGUAGCCUCUAUGAGGAGCGGGAAUUCGAGCACCGGCAGAAGGCCUCCGACACGAAUCGAUAGGGCCCGCGCGUUCUGCAUGCUCACAGCAUCCUUCUCCUCCGAACGAACUGGAGAUCAGAUGUAACACAUGAAUUAAGUACUUAAGGACGUUGGUAUCCACAAGUCGGUGAAACCCGUGUGAAAAUAUCGACUUCAACAUCUAUGUUGACCGAACAAACCCGUCGUAAAGAAUAGGGGUGAGAGGUUUAUGCAUGUUCUCGCAAUUCCGAAGAUCCAAGGAUUCAGAGAGCUUCUCCGCAGAAUUGCAUAUCUCAUCGAAUCUAUCAUCCCGUCCUCUCACGACCCCCAAGAUGAGAGGACACGACUUCGGGAAACAGUUUUGAUUACGGCCCUGAUCCGCUCAUGAUGACACUGCCCUCGUUUCUUCUGUUGGAUGUUCGCUUCAAAAGUGGAGGAAUCAAGAAUACCCGUCUCCCGAUGAAUUAUGAGUUGUUCUCCCUGAGAAUCGGAGAAGAGCUUGAUGACGGGUUCUCUGAAAAGGAGACUUGGAAGUCAAUUAUAUUGAAUUCUUGUGGACUCCAGAACUUAUUGGAUGU